AUGGUCAAAACGGUCCUUAUACCUUCACAACCGCUCUCUUUAGACCAGUUUAAGAAUUACGGCUCAAUAAUCUCACCAGAUGAAGAGGUUUCCAAGCUCGGUGACCAGACAAAAGGUGCCAACCAAGGCACUGCCAUAAAAGUAUUAAAAGUCAGCCAAAACCAGAAUUUGUUCCCCGAUGAUUGCGGUAUCAAGGCUUCUCAUUGGAAUCUGUUCCGUUCUUUUCCUCGUCCUCAUCUGCAAAGGGCCUUCACAGAGUCCCCUACCAACACGAUUGUCGAGCAUAGCAUCAGUGUACUAGAAAAGCAUCCCUACAGCUCUCAAACGUUUGUGCCUAUGGGUCGAGCUGCCAAAGCUAUAGCGUAUAUUGUGGUUGUAGCUUUGUCGAAUGAGCAAGGCGAGCCCGAUCUAUCGACUUUGAGAAGCUUCACUUGCAAGGGAACCCAGGCUGUAACUUACGGUGCAGGCGUCUGGCACGCUCCAAUGAUAGUUGUGGGUCCUGAAGAGUAUCUCGACUUUUCCGUGGCCAUUUACGAACUGGGCGAUAGUACUAAGCCAGAAAUGGAUUUGGUCGAAAGAUUCUACUCCAGCAAUGAAUUAGUUGUGACUCUCAACGCGGUCUAA